AUGGUUAAAAUAUCCAUCUUUGCUUCAUCCGUUCUUGUUUUAGCUGCUAGUACGACUGUAGCAGCUGCAGCCUCGAUCCCAGCAACAUUCUUUGAUCCAUGGCGUGGUAUUGGUGGUGACGAUAAUAGCUAUGACCGCUUCCUUGCACCCUUGUAUCGUUCUUCUGAUACCGAGAUCAUCAAGGAUUCCUACAUCAUCGUGCUGAAAGACCAUGUGGAUGUUCAUGCACACUGCCACCGGGUAACAAACUUCAGCAAGAAAAAGCGUAGCCAUGACGACGAGCUUGAUGCCAUGGAAAUGGGCAUCCGCCAAACGUAUCAUCAAAAUGGAUGGAAGGGAUAUGCAGGUCGCUUCUCACCCACCAUGAUUCAACAAAUACGCAGCUCACCUGAAGUAGCCUACGUGGAACAUGAUUCGAUGGUGUAUGCCUCUGAGCUUCAACGCAAUGCUCCUUGGGGAUUGGCACGUAUUUCGCAUCGACGUGGUAUUUCGUUGUGGACAUUUAACAAGUACCCACAUGAUGAAAAUGGCGGUGAUGGUAUCAAUGUGUUUGUUGUUGAUACCGGUAUAAACAUCAAUCAUGUUGAUUUCGAAGGUCGAGCCUCUUGGGGUGCCACUUUUGCAAGUGAUGGUGACACAGAUGGAAAUGGUCAUGGGUCACAUUGUGCAGGUACCAUUGCAGGUCGUCGCUUUGGUGUUGCCAAACAAGCUAUGCCGGUUGCUGUUAAGGUUCUCAGUGCUCAAGGUUCCGGUAGCAAUUCAGAUGUACUUGCAGGCAUCAACUGGGUCAUUGAAAAGAGCCGUGCUGAUCGAGAAGAAGCUAAAAAGAAAGGUGCUCGCUAUAAAGGUGCCGUUGCCAACAUGAGUCUUGGUGGUGGCAAAUCACGUGCAUUGGAUCAAGCUGUCAAUAGUGCUGUGGAAAGUGGUGUUGUAUUUGCAGUAGCUGCCGGCAAUGAUGGUCGUGAUGCCUGUCAAUAUUCACCCGCCGCUGCAGAACAAGCUAUCACUGUGGGUGCAACCAAUCUACGUGAUCAACGUGCUUACUUUUCAAACUAUGGCCCUUGCGUUGAUGUAUUUGCUCCUGGCCAAGAUAUCAUGUCUGUAUGGAAUAAUGGCAACUAUGGCACAAACACCAUCUCAGGCACAUCCAUGGCAUCUCCCCAUGUCGCUGGUCUCGCUGCGUACUUUUUGAGCAUGGAAGAAGACGAUGAUGUCUCACCCAAGGUCAUCAAGGACAAGAUCCUCAAAACUGCUACUCGCAACAUGCUUACAAACAUCCCACGUGAUACGCCAAACCUCAUGAUCUAUAAUGGUUUCCUCGAGAAUUGA